CUUCCACAGCAAUGGCAGAGAGUAAAGAGCCAGAAGUGAGUGGAGAAGUUAUGUCAUCUGAAAUAAUCAAUUUAAAUGUUGGUGGGCGACGAUUUUCAACUUCAAGACAGACUUUAACGUGGGUACCAGAUUCUUUCUUUACCAGUCUUCUCAGUGGAAGGAUAUCGAGCCUAAAAGACGAAACUGGGGCUAUUUUCAUCGACCGAGAUCCGAAAUUAUUUUCCAUCAUUCUACGAUUUUUGCGAACCAAAGAAAUAAGUUUAAAACAUGUCGAUAUCUCAACACUUCGACACGAAGCGGAAUUCUACGGUAUUAUGCCUUUAAUUCGUCGUUUAGUGCUUUGUGAAGAUCUUGAUCACCCAACUUGUGGCGGUGUGUUGUUUCACAGCUAUCUUUCUCCACCAACUCCUCCGCAACCAGAAUCCAUGGACGGAGGUCAGUCUCAUUCUCUUGUUAGUCUAAUUGAAUCUGAACUAUGUCGACCUGGUGUGGCUCAGAGGGUUGAUGCUGGUGCCAGUAACGAAAGCAGCAGCCCACAACAACAACAACUACAUACCCAUUCCCGAAAUUCUUCAGUCGAUCUUUGCCACACGCAUUCCAGACAACCUUCCAUGGAACUUCGACCUAACGCUGUGUCACGCAAUUCUUGUGGUGACAUUCGUCAUUCUCGGAAGUCUUCUUGGGAUUUAAGAGGUAACAAAUUCGAUUCCAAUCGUAUGCCUGUCCAAUCUAUGCGAGUGACUAUGAUACGUGGCCACCACAACUGGAUCUGUAUUGCUUAUUUACAUUUUAUCUCUUGUUUUCGUAUGGAUUCCACAGGUUGGCACCUGAUUUGGACCAGUUUCUACAUGGAGAAUCCAGUCGAAAGAGUUGCACUCAAUGCCAAAGUAAUCAAUCCAAACCAGGAUUUUGCUAACAAAAUGGUAGCUGCUUCAACUGGAAGCACGAUUUGGUUGUGGUCUGUCACAGAUGACGGUGACAGUAGAGAAAUUGGAACAUUUAAUUUAAAAGUAUCGGUAGAUUCUUUGUUUUUCAUUGGUAGCCAACUUGUGGCGCUGAGUCAAACAGGUAAAGUGGGAGUCUGGCAUGCUAUGACUCAACAUUGGCAAAUACAAGAUGUGAUACCGAUCACAAGUUAUGACACGGCUGGCUCUUUCUUACUUCUUGGUUGUAAUAACGGAUCAAUUUAUUAUAUUGAUAUGCAGAAAUUUCCUCUUCGUAUGAAGGAUAAUGAUUUAUUGGUGACUGAACUUUACAAAGACCCUAGCAAUGAUAUGGUCACUGCUCUUAGCGUCUAUCUAACCCCCAAAACUAACAGCCUCAGCGGUAAUUGGAUUGAAAUUGCCUACGGCACAAGUUCUGGUACGGUGCGUGUUAUUGUUCAACAUCCAGAGACAGUGGGACAUGAACCGCAACUUUUCCAAACUUUCACAGUCCAUCGAAGUCCUGUCACCAAAGUGAUGUUGUCUGAGAAUCACCUUGUUUCAGUUUGUUCUGAGUAUAACCAUGUAAGAACUUGGAGUGUCACUCGCUUCAGAGGAAUGAUUUCAACUCAGCCUGGUUCCACUCCACUCGCAUCUUUUAAAAUUGUUUCACUUGAUAGAAUGGAUAACCAGAUGAGUUAUCCUGGUGGACAUGAUUUCGAUAAACUCCCCGGUCCUUUUGGCGAACAGGAUGACAAACAGGUUUUUGUGCAGCGUGUUGUCCCUGAUACAGAUCAACUUUUCGUGCGUCUUUCUUCUACAGGUCGUAGAGUUUGUGUGAUCAAAUCAGUUGAUGGCAGCCCUAUCAGUUCAUUUUGUGUGCAUGAGUGUGAUGGUUCUAACAGAAUGGGAUCCAGACCCCGGCGUUAUUUAUUUACUGGACAUACGAAUGGUAGCAUCCAAAUGUGGGACCUGACCACCGCUAUUGAAAUGAUGAAGAAAGACCAGUGUGCCACAAGUGGUGGUCCUACACCCGCUGAACUUGUCUAUAUUCUUGACCAGUUUGAUUUGAGUAAUUCUCGGUCAUCGACCCCCUGUAUGAGUCCGUCUCCCUCUGUUAUUGCACCCCAUGGAUUUCAACCCAUGGCAUGUCGACAAAGAGCUGAAACUUUUCCUUGUGAUCAGCAACCUGAAGCAGGUUGUUCUGUUGAUGUUGAAGAUGAUGAUGAUUUCGAAGCUGAAGUCUCAUGUUUUUAAAUCUGACAGAAUUGGUGCAACACCAGAGUAAAAUAACUUUUUGUAUUACAAGUUCAAAUCCUCCCAACUUAACUUUUGUCCCCUUCAGGUUGAAGCCAGCUUCAGUGAAAUAAGAAUCAAUCAAGCUAGUCAUUGCUUUAAUGAUCUACACUUUUUUUCCCAACAGUUUCUGGCCAAUGGGAGAAAACUUUUAUUAUUAUUAUUAUUAUUUUUUUAGGUGUUUACCUUUCAUCUUUUCUGGGUUGAUAAAAUAAAUACCAGUGGAACAUUGAGGUUGAUGUAAUCGACUCAUCCCCUCCCCCCAAAAUUGCUGGCCUUGUGGCGAAAUUUGAAGCCAUUAUUAUUAUUAUUAUUAUUAUUAUUAUGGCAGUGAGCUGGCAGAUUUGUUUGUAUUGGUAAAAAUGCUUUGCAGUAGUAUUUGUUUCAGCACUUUGGAGUUCAAAUCCUGCCAAAGUCAACUUCGUCUUUCAUCCCUCCAUCAUCAAAACUGCUGGCCUUGGGCUUAAGUUAGAACCAUUUAUUAUUAUUAUAGUGUUGGUAAAAAUGCUUUGCAGUAUUUCUUCUGAGUUCAAAUCCUGCUGGGGGUAAACUUUGCCUUUAAACCCCCCCCAAGACUAAUAUUAAGUAUUGGGAAGGAUGGUCUCGACUAAACUCCUCCCCUCAAAAUUGUUGGCCUUGGGCCAAAAUUAGAAACCAUUAUUAUUAUUAUUAUUAUUAUUAUUAUUAUUAUUAUUGUUAUUAAGGUAGUGAGCUGGCAGAAUGGUUUUGGCACUAGACAAAUUGCUAAGUGGUAUUUCUUCUGACUCUUUAUGUUCUAAGUUCAAAUUCUGUCAAGGUUGAUUUUGCCUCUCAUCAUUUGGGGGGGGGGGGGUGUCAGUAAAAUAAAGUACCAGUUGACUACUGCGGUUGAUGUAAUCAACUAGUCCCUCUCCCAAAAUUUCGGGCCCUGUGCCAAAAUUAACAAACAUUAUUAUUAUUAUUAAGUACGAGUGUUGAUGUAAUCCACCAUUCUUGCUUCUCCCCUAAAUCUUUGGUAAGAAAUCAUUCAGCAGAAUUAUUAGAGUCUUAGACAAAAUGGGUGCAAUUUGUUUUUAGCCCUUCACAUUCUGACUUCAAAUCUCUCCCUCAUCAACUUUGCCUUUCAUCAUUUCGGGGUUGAUAAAAUGAAAUUCGCAAAUUCCUGGCAUUGUGCCUUUGGAAGAGAUCCUUACAAAACUAUUAUUAUUAUUAAGAUUGAGAUUAUUGUUAAUAACCUUGUUAUUGUUGGUAGCCUCAUGUUGAUGAACAAAUUUAUUUUAUUCUAUGAUGGAUGCUAACAAACCAGCACCACAAGCUGGAAUUCAGUCUUUCAAUAACUGUAAAAAGAAAAAAGAAACAACUUAAAAAAAAAGAAAGAAAAACUAUAGAAAAAAAAAACAAAAAAACAGAGAAGCUUACUGUUCAUGUAUGGCUUCAGUGCUAAUUCUUGGUAUUUUUUUGAAAAUUGGCAGAAUUUUCAGGGAAAGGCUUCUCCCCGACCAUAUUGUUUUGAAACUCAAUAUUUAUGUUGGAUUAUAAGAAUAUUUUCGUUUUUUAAUUUUUGGUUUUCAUUGAAUUGUAAUAUCAGUUCCAGGCUUCUGUAAAGCAAUGUGUCUUUGGAAAUGGUUGAAAUCUAUUGUAACAUUUUGUGUGUGUGUGUGUGUGUGUGUGUGUGUGUAUAUAUAUAUAUAUAUAUAUAUACACACAUUUGUAUGUAUAGAUAAAUUUGAUUGUAUAUAAUGUAAUGUGUGUGUGUGUGUGUACAUAAAUCUGUUGCUCUCUCUCUCUCUCUAUAUAUAUAUAUAGAGUCACUUGUGUAAAGUGGUUGGCACUAGAAAGGGCAUCCAGCCAAAACAGGCAGUAGAGCUUGGUACAGUCUUCUGGCUUGCUGACGCCUGUCAAACCGUCCAACCCAUGUCAGCAUGGAAGAUGGAUAUGAAAUGAUGGUGAUGUAUAUAGUUUAUUUUUACAAGGAAAAUGCUGACAGUCUCAUCAAAGUUUUGGUUUUACAGCCAUCAUACAUACAUGUGUAUGUUUAUAAUAUGUGUAUAAACUUGUUUACACAUGCAUUAUAUAUAUAUAUAUAUAUAGAGAGAGAGAGAGAGAGAGUUCAGUUUUUUUAUUUUUUACUGUACUGAAAACAUGAUUUUAUUCUACUUUUACAUUUUUAAUUUUGAGGUUUUUUCCUUAUUUUUUUGUCUGAGUUACUUGUUGUUUAUUUGGAACAGUAAACUUUUGAAAUCCAUCAUUAACAGCAACAUAUGACAACAUCACACGAACCUGAAGAUGAGACUAGGAAAGUCUAAAAAUAUUGAUGAUGGAUUUGAGAACUUUACUGUUUUUAGCAAACUAUCUGAAACUCAGACGAAAAUAUGGAAAGGCCUUGGUAAAAACAUCAAACUAGAAUGCAGUCAUGUUUUCCAUAUAACACAGGUGUUUGUGUGUGUGUGUUCAUAUAAAUAUGUUGUUUGGUAUGUAUAUAUAAUAUAGAAAUACAUGUGCACACACGUGUAUUUGUUUUUGUAUAAACUUGUUGAUAUUGAGGUGUAUAUAAUCUCUCCUAUAUAUGAUUAGUGUGCAUGGUAGCGUAUCCAGUCCCACAAAAGGGGGUGGGUUUGCAUAAAUGGUAGUAACAUAUUUUCAGUGUAAAUCACAGUCAAAGAUUUUUGUCAUUUGUGCCACCAGGGUUUACAAAAUAGCUGAGAGGAAUAGAUCAAUGGUUGAGAUUCAGUUGAUUGUACACAAUAUUAGAGAGAGAGAGAGGGAGAGAUGUGUUCCAUUUUACAAAAUUGUGUUGGUAUCAAGUUGAUAUUUGUUCUGUUGUUUUACAGAAUCCACUUCUGUUGACAAAUGACUGUUUCUCACACACACACACACACACACACACACUAUAUUGAGUGUUAAUCAA